AGAUACUCCUGAACAACGCAGGUAAGUAGGUAUAUUUCACAGAAACGUGAUUUGAAAAAAAUAUUUAAAACUGCACACGAUCAGCGAUAUUUUAUACCAAUUGACAAACAACCUAAGCAUUGAAUUUUGGCAACCACUGGAUGCAUCUCGCAAUAUCCCUCUCCGAUUAUAAUUAUUAACAUUCUCCACACUACGUGUACCUAUGUUCAGCCACGCGUCGAGACGCGGUGAAACUCUAGAAUGAGAAACCAGUUUUAAGAAAUGAUUCCUCGCACUCUGUUCAUUUCGCUGAUCGGUUUUUGUAUCGUGAUCCGAGUAAACGCUUCGAUAAAACGAUGUUUUUCAUGCAGAUCUCGCGGCGAAUUGGGAAGCUGCAAAGAUAAAUUCAAAUUUUACAAUGCUAGUCAAUUAGAAACGGAAACCGGAGUCGAAGCUGUACCCUGCGCUUCAGGAUGGUGUGGAAAAGUCAUCGAAACCAGAGAUCACGACUUGAAGGCAGAAGAAUACGGAGUUGCUACUCAAAGAAUGUGCUUGCAAAGAUCACCUUCUGAUAAUGAAGAAAGAUGCGAUGAUACAAUAUGGAGUCAUAAGAAAGUAUUCAUGUGUUUUUGUCAAGGCGAUCUGUGUAAUCAUGGUAUGGCUAUUAGAUCAUCGUUAAAAUUCAUUGCCAUUUUACCUGUUUUGUACUGGGUUUGUAAUCAUUUAGCUCAAUUACAGUUCCUUUUAUGAAA